UUUUCUCAAAGUAACACACAAAUUGUGAUUAAUAUAAACCAAGUGCUGAUAAAGUGUUAAAAGUUCAUUAAAAAGCCAAGAGCAUUUGUCCUGUCACUGUCUAUGGUGUGGAACAACAGUUAGCAUAUACGCCGAGCACAGAAGGUUGGAUAAAAUUUCGUCUAUUGCCAAACAAAACAACAUUUAUGGAGUUGUUUUGUGAAUCCAGCCAGACAAAAAAAGCCAGCGGCUAAAGAAGCAACAACUUCUGUUCUAGAUUACAGCAUUUUGAACCCGAAAAUAUUUAAGGUAAGCUUUUUGAGCAAAGCAAGCGUCAAUAGAACUGAAACGAUUUUUAAAUAUUGCAAUUGUGCGGAACUGCCAUCCUUGGUAAAAACCGGACGGCAACCUUAAAAAAUCCAUAAAUUAAAAAUACUAAAAUUUGUAAUAAAUUUAGCGCGUGAUAACAUUUAAUAUUGCAAUAAUCAACAGUUAUAUCUCAAAAUAUGAACUAUAAACGUGUAAUAUUUAAAUAGACUGCGAGCACAAUAGUGAAAUAAAACGGAUAAAAAGUGUACAAAUUUGACAAACAAAAAAUACCAAUAACUGGGCAAAGGUGCUGUUGGUGAUUGGAUAAAAUGCCAAAACUUGUGCGGCAACGUACGAAUUCUAUUGCCUGCAGUUAAAAAGAGUGGAAAAAGACGCCAUUUGAGUGGACUUUAAAUAUAAGUUGUUGUUGCUUUUUUUUUCAAAACUGCCAAAAACAGGGCCUGUGCUAAAGCCGUAUAUAUAUUGCUAAUUGUAACAAAACAUGUUGCCCGCCAACACAGGCAUUGCAGCAACAAAGCGGGAAGUGCCACUGACGAUGUUGCCAAUAAAACCGGGAAACGUUGCUGUCUCUGGCACAGCAGCACAAAUCAAAGUCGCUGAGGAGAGGCGUUAUUUACCCAUUGCUCCCAUGCCCACCAAGCCGUGUAAUGCUCUAAACCUAAACACUUGCAACAAUAAUAAUAACAACAAUAAUAAUAAUAUUAAUAAUAAUAGUAAUAAACAGAUUAAUAACAACAACAACAACAAUGCGACGACAACUGCUAUGAAAACCAAAUUGACUCCAGUCAAUUUUGUACAAAAUCCAAUGAAGGCAAAUGCGGCAACAGUUGCACAGCCUCGUUAUAAAUUGGUUCCUUCGAAUGCCUCGUCCAAUGGUAAUGCCAACUCGUCGCUGCUAUCCCUAUUGACGCCUAAAACACUUAUCAAGCCCAACAACAGCAAUACUCAAUCUCAGCCUGUGGUUAUACGGUCUGUUCCAGCAAUCGCAACAAUUCCCGUACAACAGCAGCAACAACAGCAGCAGCAACAACAGCAGCAGCAGCAACAACAACAACAACAGCAACAACAACAAAAUGGAACCGUUUACAUUCACAAUAAUGUAAAUAGUACGGGAACGUUAGGAGGACAGCAAACAACAAAUGUUAUAACUCUUGUGGCAAAGAAAUCGGCAAGUGAUCCUGGAACGCCACAGCUCUCAUUGAAAUCCCGUACGCCAGUUAUUUUGAGCAAAGAGGCCGUGGAGAAAUUGCGUUUAAAGUUUGGUCAGGUGCAGGCGCAGGCCAACGCUGGAGCGCUCAUCCUUACCAAGCCACUGAAAAGCAAAAGCAACUGCAACAACAACAAUAACAACAGUGACAACAACAACAGCUUGAUUUCUAAGCCGGCACCGGAGAGAAAAGCCAACCAGGCGGUGCCAAAGAGCGGCACAAUUGCUGCUUCCACGCCCACGCCGUUGACCAUGCCCACCCCGGUGACCGGACCCACACCUGUGACGGCGCCCACGCACUUGACCACGUCCACGACUGCGAUGCCUAUGCUGAUGCCGAAGCCCAAGCACAUGCCCACGCCCAUGCCCAAGUUGACGCCCAUCUCGAUGACUGCGUCCAGCAAUGCUAUACCCACACCGUUAGCGACUCCCAUGCCGACGCCCAUGUUGUCCAUGUCGACGCCUCUGCCCAUGCUCGUCCCGACGCAUCUGCCCGUUCCGACGCUUAUGCCAAGUCUAAAUGUUGAUCUGCCCGAGAUCCAAAUCAGUGCGCUGCCAGCAGCGACGCUCAAUGGUGCCAAACUAACGAAAUCACUACAAACGACCAGUGGGGUUCCGAAGAUGCCAGCACUGCAGCAGAUACCAAGCAAAAUCCCAAACACAAGAACAACAACAAGUUUUGAGCAACAAGGUUCAGCCAAACUGCAACGCUCUAAAUCGCUGGCUGGGAAUGAGCAGAAUCCAGAAAUCGUCUGCUUGCAAAACAAUGCCACAGAGCGCCGUCAUUCGGUGGCCAUUAUGGCCAAGGAAGUGGAUGUGGUGAUUGAGCAACCGAUAGCCAUCGAAACCAUAACCAUAGACGAUGAUGACAGCGACGAGGAAAUGGAAAGGGAAAGGGGGGUGGAACAAAAGCAAAAGCAAAAGGAACAGCAGCAGCAGCAGGAUCAGCAGGUUGCAAGAGACCAGCAAGAACAAAAACAAGCAUCUAGAAAAAAUUCAACGGCAAGUCGGAGCAGCGUCCAAAGCAUCAUAAGCACCAUUAGCAGCAGCAGCAGCGACGGCAGGAGCAGCGAUGUGGAAGUGAUUAUUGUGCCAGAAAGUCAACCAGAACCUCCGAAGCCAACGGAGGAAGUCAUGCAACAGCAACAGGAGCAACAACAACAGCAGCAACAACAACAGCAGCAACACCAACAGCAGCAACAGCAACCGUUGAGCAACUCAAACAAGCUGAGCAUUGUAAGAGCCGAAACGCUGUCAUUAUCCAAGGAGGACUUUGAGAAAUCGCUCCGUUGCGAUGAGCAGGUGUCAAUCAGUUCACCACCUCUCGUGUCGACCACCAGCAAUAACUCGAACAGCUCAAGCAGCUUGCAACCAGGGCUUAUCGAAGAGGAGAAGAAGUCAGAGCAGUCCAUAUUUAAGGGCAGCAUGGUGCAGAACUUUGGCAUGCUGCAAUGGAUUGAUCAACAUCAUCCCGGCACGCUGCUGAACUCCAACUUGCGCUUCGGACUCAAUCGCUACAAUUUGCUGCAUCUGACGGAACGCUGUAAGCCACGUCGUGGACCAGCCAAUUACUUUGAGCGUGCGCUCUUCGAGCGUCCUAAUCGACGGACCAACACCAGCUCCCAUCCAUUGCUCUAUUUGUGCUCGCGCUGCAAUUGCCAUGGACCCGCAUCCGAUUUUUUAUCGCAGCACUUUUGCUCGCUGUAUUGUGUGCAGCGAGCUAAUAAGCGACGCCACUCAAACCCGUCCAGCAAUCGGCACGAGAGCAAACACAGUCGCAUGGAGGAAUCAUCAUCAUCAUCAUUAUCAACAACAUCAUCAGCGAAACUAACCAAUGGGACAAUGGUACACCAACAGAAGCAGCGGGAAAAGGAGCAGAAGCCAUCGGCUGAGAAGCGCUCCUUCCGCUGGUCCGAAUAUCUAAAAAUGAAGGGCAACGGCAAUGCGGCACCAAUUCAUCUCUUCCUCAAUCCAUUUCCCACCAGUGCCAAUUGCUUUGAGCGCGGCAUGAAACUGGAGGCAAUCGAUCCGGAGAAUUGUUCGCUCUUCUGUGUCUGCACCAUUGUCGAGGUGCGUGGCUAUCGAUUGAAGCUCAAUUUUGAUGGCUACUCGAGCAUGUAUGAUUUUUGGGUCAAUGCCGAUUCGAUGGACAUCUUUCCGCCCGGCUGGUGUGAGCGCACCUCACGCAUUCUCCAAUCACCCAAGGACUAUUGUCCGGAUCGUUUCACCUGGUAUCGUUAUCUGGUUAAGACAAAUGCAAAGGCAGCACCAUGGGCACUCUUCACCCAUCUAAAUGGACCGAUGCAUGCACUAAUCAAUGGCUUUCGGGUGGGCAUGCAUCUGGAGGCGGAGGAUCUAAAUGAUACGGGCAAGAUUUGUGUGGCGACCAUUGCGGAUGUGUUGGAUGAGCGCAUACGUGUCCAUUUCGAUGGCUGGGACGAUUGCUACGAUUUCUGGGUGCAUGUCAACUCGCCAUAUAUACAUCCAUGCGGCUGGCACGAGGGUCGCCAGCAACUGAUUGUGCCACCCGAUUAUCAAAACAUCAACUUCAACUGGACGGAUUACAUAAAUGAAGUGGGCGGCAUUGCGGCGCCCGUGGAGCUGUUUGCAGCGCGCGAACCCAUGGAGUUCCAGGCGCACAUGAAACUCGAGGUAGUCGAUCAACGCAAUCCGUGCCUGAUCCGCCCGGCGACAGUGGUCACCCGGAAGGGCUAUCGCGUCCAAUUGCAUUUGGAUUGCUGGCCAACGGAAUAUUAUUUCUGGCUGGAGGAUGAUAGUCCCGAUCUGCAUCCGAUUGGCUGGUGUGAGGCCACCUUGCAUGAGCUCGAAACUCCGCCGGGCUUCCAGCAGCGUCCUCUAGCCAUGCGCUGCGAAGUGAAAGGAUGUCGUGGAUAUGGCAAUGCCAAACGUUUCAAUCUCAACGUGCACGAGCUGCGCGACUGUUGUCCGUAUGCGCCGGAGAACUGGCGGCAGUGGCGCUCGAAAACAGUGAAGCCACCACGCGUACUUCCCGACCAUAUCAUUCAAGAUGAGUCACCAAAGCAGCAGCAGUUUACCGAAGCAUCCACAGAAGUAUUGUUGAGCAGCCGGAGCAUCUCAACAGACUUUGCUCAACCCAAGCAUAAAUCAACGGGUAAACGGAAAGCGAAUAAAUCCCGUGCCAGCUUGGAUGAGCUCAAGUCGGAGAUCAAGUUGUUAAAAUGCGAGGAGGAAAUGCCAGCGUCCAUUGAGAAUAAGCGGGAACCCAGGGAACCGUCGCCCAUGCCCACAGAGAGUGAAGUUGAUCCCCGCUGUCUGCAAAUAGCCAAAUCCAUUGUGACGGAAUAUGGACCACAAGUUGUGCGAAAUUAUCACCUGUGGCAGACAAACAGCGGCUUUGACAUGUCUCAAGUGAAGAGCAAUCCGCUCCAUUGGACCAAUUGGGAUGUCUUUGAGUUUGUCGAGCGUGCCCUCAAGUCCACCAGUAUUGCCCAGAUGCUAUUCGACGCGGAGAUCGAUGGACACGCAUUGCUUAUGAUCGGACGCAGAGAUUUAGAAAAGUACUUCCAGCUGAAGAUCGGCCCGGCUGUAAAGCUCUUCUCACUCAUAGUCAAUCUUCGCAUUGCGGUCGUCUGCAAGUUUAAGACGCUGCACACGGAACGAUUCCCUUAUCUGGCCAGCGUAAAUCAACCAACAUUGAAUGGUAAACUGGAACGGCCCGAAUCUCCGGCAGAGGAGAGUUUGUCGGCAUCGCCAAGCGGAUCUGAACAAAUGGAUGCUGAAGAUGACAGCCAUGAAGAGCAGGAGGAGGAUGAACAGGCGGAGGAUGAGCAGGCGGAAGAUGAGCAGGAGGAGGAUGAACAGGCGGAGGACGAGCAGGUGGAAGAUGAGCAGGAGGAGGAAGAUGAGGAAGAGGAGGCGGACGAAGAAGAGGAAGAUGGGGUGGAGGAAGACGAAAGCGAUGAGGUAAAGCCGGAUGCAGAAGACGAAGACGAAGCGAUGGAAGAUGAUGUUGAUUAUGAUCAGGAACUGGAAGAGGAGGCAGAGCAGGAGCGAGAUUACACUGAUCAUAAGCAAUACCCAAAACGGGAGCUAACCGACGAGGACGACGUUGUGCUUGACAACGAUGAUUUCCUCAGCGUUAAGCCAAGUUUUGUUCAGAGUGAAGAUAAGGACGCGGAUGUCGUCAUGACGAGUCGAUCCCAAGAUCUGCUGCCGGCCACUGAUGCAGUAGCAAACAUAUCGUAGGGCAACCUAUUGUGCUUCAAAGCAAGUGUAUUUAUUAAUUUCUUUAAUCCCAAAUUUAUCAUACUAUGGCAAUUCAAUUUAAUUAGUUGACCUAUUUGUAUAAGAUUUGUUGCGUUGGCUCGUUUCUCUCAAAAGAUAUUGUUUAUACAAUUUACAACUAUAGUAAGUAUUAUUUUAAGUCAAUCGACAUAUACAUAUAUAUAUGAUACGAGUUUUGUGUU